GAAGAAAAGAAUCAUCCAACAAAAGUUAAAAAAGCAGCUCUCGAACUGUGGAUAAGAAAACAGUGCGCUGGAGACAGUCAGCCGAUCGAUCGAUUUGCUCCGAACAGAACAGCUCACUCUAAUCGACCCGUCCGGUGUCCGGGAAUCAGCCAGACAAUUCGGAGAAUCAGAAUGUCCCAACUGCGGUGCGUGUUGCUGGCGUUCGCCGUGAUAGCCAUUUCGUGGGCUGCUGGACAGCAACCGACUGAGGGAUCAAUUGUAAUCCCGGAUUCUUCAACGGUUACGACACCACCGGAUGACAAGAACACAACCACAACCAGUACGCCGCCGCCAACAACACCAACAACCAAGGCCCCGGACAACACAACCACCACCAGUUCAACCACAAGUACCACGACAACGACCACAACAACAACUACUACUACCCCGACUCCAGCUCCGAACACAACUACAACCACCGUGACGCCACCUACCCCGGCGCCCACUCCGGACAAUCAUAAUACAACCACGACCAGCACCACCACCCCAUCGCCGACACCUACUCCAAACCCAACACCAACCCCGACGCCCUCGCCGGCACCCACUCCGGUACCACACUGCAAGCGGUUCGAUGGGUACUCGUUCGUCGGUGGAAUGAUCCUGGCGUACGGAUCGCUCGCGAUCGCCCUCGUGCUGUGGAAAUUCUACAAGGCCCGCACCGAGCGGAACUACCACACGCUGUAAGAAGUGACCGAACAGCGACGAGCAGGGGAAGUUAUCUUCAUUACAGUUGAUUCAACCAAAAAGUCUUAUUUUUUCUUUCAAUUCGAGCGCAUCAACAAAUUGGUUCAUAGACGAUGCUCGUUAUAAGCAGAUGAAUACUAAAGCGUACGAACCUAUUCUUAUUUUUUUACUUCUGAUUUAGUUUUACUUGGGUUUUGAAUUACUUACGUAAAAUCUUCAUUUCUAUUUUGCCCAUUGAUCUAUUUUACAUUAUUUGCUCAAACAGAAUAAAAAGAAUCUCGUUUGAAUGCAGUAUUCAAUAAGAGAAAACUUCGGAAGUUAUGUUUUGUUUAUGUUUUGUUUUUCAUUAGUGCAUGGUAAAGGGAUUUUAUGUCCGAUCACACACACAGUGAACAAAAUUGAUUUUUGAAUUUGGUGCAAAAGUUGCCCAAUGUGCGGCAUGCUUUGAUUAUCUGGUACGUCCUGCACAGUCAGCUUCUGCGAUUCUGAUCAUCUUGUCGAAUAUUAUCAGUUAAGACCAAUGCAUUUAUUGCUGAUCGAAAAGAGCAAAUUGUCCAUCUGUUCGAGGUUUCAAAUUUAUUUUCUUCACUUUUGUUUACGGUCGUGAGUUCCAUGAUCAGCCAGUGAAACUAAUCUUGUGUCAUAAAAAUAAAUAAAAUAAAGAUGUCCAAGGUUUUUAUACGAUUCGACGUAAUUAAUUUUGCGAAUAAGGCUGGAACAAAUAUCAAUUCCUUUUUUUGUUCUGCUGCUAGGCCUUUGAAUAAGGGGAUGCGAAAUUUUAAAAAAAAAUGACAAAAACGCAGAACUCAUUCGUUUUAAUAAAACAAUUUUUGAAAAAGUUGAGGAGAAGCAAAAUUAAAAAAUAUUAUUUGUUCUAGGCCAAAUUUGAUCACAUCCAACAUGAGAAUUUUUCGACAGUUUGCUUUCUGUUUACGGUUCCAUUGAAUAUAUUUUGAAUAAAAAAUUGAGCACACGGGUUUUCAGGCAAAGACGUAGAAAUUAUUGAAGUAUGAUGCACUGUUAUAUAAAUUGAACCACGUGCUAUAAUAUGAAUGAGAUAAAUAAAUGAAUUUGAGGCGAAAGCAAAUAUGAAGUGUUACAAUAAAAGUCUGAAAAAUAUCCUAUCUUUUCGAAAUGCGCAGGAAAUGUUUAUUUGCAAGGAAACAUACAACCCGAAUUGAAAUACAUAAUCUCAAGAAUUACAAUGAUUCAAUAUAAAGAAAGGAUGGAAAGUGCUCUUAAUAAAAAUACAAAAAAGAAUAUAAAUGUUUAUCACAGAAGAAAAAAUCGUUAAAAAUUAAGUCUAAAUGGUAUUCUCUUCGGUGUGCUGUCGAUUGAAAAAGAAAGUAAUCGUACAUCCUUGCUUUGGUAUCUUUAACAAUAGAAUGAGAACAGAGAUUGUCGCCUCUCUAAAAGAGAUGAGGAAAGAAUGACUGCAUUUGGCGUUAGGCGAAAAUUAACAAAAAAAAUCAAUACUGAAUAUCGUUUUAUUAGUAAAACGUCGUCGCAUUAGCGUACUACAUACACACGUACACUAAACACACUAUAAAUGUAAAAGAAACUGUCUUGAAAUAAGCGCUCGUGCUUUCUUCUAGAAUCUAUAAACCAUUGUUUAGUCCACCAUUCUACUUGUGGAUUAGGUUCCUUAUCGCGAAGUGGUCGUGUAAAAUUUAAUAUGAAUUUCAAUGGAAAGGCAGAAACAAAAACACGACAGCAUAAGUUAGAAGAUACCGUCUUGCGGGGCUGUUUUCAAUUUGAGAAGCGUUUCAUUUAAAUUUUAUAAUCCUUAACUUUAACAUCAUCAUAGGUAAAUUAAAUCUUGAUUUUUUCAGAGCUUCAAGCCAGACAGUUUCGAUUACAAAGCUACAGAAAAUUUUCCAAUUCAAUUAAGCUAUAGAAUUACGUUCAUAGCAUUUUAGAUCUAAGGGUAAACAACAACAGCAUACACAUGUUCAGAAAAGCCCUAUUUGACGGUAUAACAAUUAUUUUGAGUAUUGGUAGUGGUUAAGUAGAACGAUAAUUGGCAGACAUGUAAGUUUGAUUUACGUUUGACUUUGUCCAUGGUGAAAGAUGUAAAAUUGUAAUAUCCAUCAAUGGGGAGUGAUCUCGCUGCUAGAACGAGCUUGUGAAAUUAACAAAUCUAUAUUUCAUUUUUUAUUUGAACAGUUUAAAAUAUUAAAUUUACAUUAUUCUCCAGGAAACAAUAAAAAAUAGGCAUUUCAUUUUAAUAUAUCAGUGUAUGUUUUAAAAUCUCAAUCGACAAAAUCAAACUUUGAAGCGAAAAUAAUAUUCAAAAAUCAAAUAAACUACACACAACACUAAUAAUCUCCUACUUAACACAAUGCAUUACAGACUAUACAACAUUACAGCGUAAACAAUACAGUUUAAAAAGCAAACCAUGCUAAUACAACAACAGGCCAUCAACAAACAUUUGUAAAAUAACGAAAUUACUGCAAUGGUAAAAAAAAUCUGAUGAUCCUCUGAUUGAUGAUUAAUAAAAGAACUUUCCUGGUAGUCUCUUGAUAAACGA